AAUAACUAGCACGUCAAAAUGUAUAACAUCGGUUUAAAAACCUUUGCUAAACAUAAAAGGAAUUCAUAAACUUUAAUUCCACCAUGACUAGAAUGGGACCCACUGAUUCUUACUGUCACAAUGUCAGGGAAUACAAUCCCCUGUGUGGACGACGGAUUUAUAGACUAACUAAUAAUGCAAUCUGCGUAAAGAACAAACUUGAGAAUGAUGACACCUCAUGGUCCGACGAAACUUCCACAAAAACAUAUAAGCAGGGAAGAAUUCAGAUUUUAAACUGUCCUGCGGAAUCAAACCGCCCGUCCUGGACUUUGCCAACGUUUCGCAUCCGAAAUGAACAUUGUAAUCUAAAGAAACGUGGAGGUAUGCUAGUAGCAUGCAAUUUGGAAAAAAAUAGUAAGGUUUGCGUUGGAUCUAAAAUUCGGGCAAAAGGGACGUCUUGUUGGAAAAAACUUCAGCAACUUUUCGACAUGCCUUGCACUUUAACAGGAAAUAUAGACAAAAAUACGGUCGUACCUCAAUGUCCCAAAACCCUGAUUCAUUCAAAAAACCAGUUGCAUUGUGUAAAAUCUACAACCACAGUAUGCAGCUCCACCAAUGAGGAUAAUCAGCAAGAACCCUGUGAUGUUCCUGCCGGAUACACCAGACCUAAAGUUCUUUGGCAAUUGGUUACAAAUAUCGGAAAUCUUUUACCCGUAGCCAUUGCUGAAAAUCCAUCAUGUCCUGAGACCUGGGUAAAACUGGAUACAUCUCUGCCAUCUACUCAUUGUCCCACCGACGAAAUAGCGCAAGAAUGUCAAAAUGAACCAGACAAUCAACUUUCCACUUGUAUCAGAAACUCAAAAAAUAAGGAAACAUCGGACCUCGAUGUCAAAGAGAAAUGUCAAGUUCUGUGGCCAAAAUCUCAAGACAUAAUUAAACUUGAAAAUAAAACAGCAAACUGUACUGUAAAUUCAGAAAUGAAAAAUGAACAAUGUCAGCUCCGGUUCAGUUCCUCAGAAAAUUCCAAAGAAACUUUGGAUAAUGAGAAUGUCGAAUCAAGCAGUAACAACGAAUCUUUUUUUUCUGAUUGGUGGAAUAAACCUGUUACUUUACCAGAUCAAUUUGCGUGCAAUACCCCCAAAUUAAAAACCACUGCCACGUCUUCCAAUCAGAAUAAUUGCAAUUAUCAAAAUUCUUUUGAAAGUCCAAUGGCAGACAGAGUGUCUAGUGGCCAAUCAUUCACAGAAAAUGUUCCUCCACCGGAAAUGCCUUUGCAAUCUUUAGAGGAAGUUCAACAAGGGCUUCUUGGAAGAUUAAUAGACAUCCCAGGCACACCAAAUUCAAUGAGUCUAUUUUUGCCACUGAACAGGAAUGAAAUUGAAGGAGGAGCAAGAUUAUUAUAUUCUGCUCCACAAGAAGCUGCCAAUAGUUGUCCCUCGCAAAAAAGUCGAAAGACACAGACCUUAUCGCAUAAUGGUGACAAAGUAUUCGGCGUCUGGCACUCGGCCGCUAUUCAUAGAAAGUAUCCUUUUCUCCGUUUAUCUGCGCCGCCUGAGAACAGUAGAAAUCUAGUCGACAGCGAAUACUCAACAUGGUUAAAAUGCGACACGAUUGAUGUUUCCUCCAGAAAAACUAAUAAACCUCACAGGGUCAUCGGGUCAACGCGAUUGUAUGAUGUUGACAAUUUUGACUUUAAUAAGUAUAGUCAAUUGCGUUAUACAAAUAUAAAGGAUAAGGUUUUACCUGAAGCCCAAGAUCGGAUGAUGUGUGUCACAGCAUUAUCUGCAUCCAAUAAUCCGCAAGAUGAUGAAAAAUUAACACAGACUGUUUGUGAACAAGAUUUAAAUAAACGGUUGAAAACGCAAGAUAAACCAACAAGAAGAGAAUGUGUCACAGCAGAUUCUCAAAAUGUCGGCAACUCAGCCUUCACUGAUAUAAGACAUGAUAAGAAAAAAAAAGCAGAUGGCAAUGACAAUAAAGACCAACGAACAUGCAACAGAUGUGCUUCUCGAAGAGGAAAACCAAUUGAUGACCCUAAUUAUACAGAUUUAUCAAAAAUUGAUAAUUUAUCAGAGUCAGAAGAGAUUAGCCCAGAAGAAAUCAUGAAGUCCUGGACACCUUCAUCCCGUAAGAAUCAUUUACUGUGGUAUAAACUGCUUCUGUUAAUUUUCAGUAAUUUACCAGGUAAAUCAUCGAUAUUCCAACCAAGUCCAGACUACGUUGAUCUGACGCUUAAAGAUUUUUCAUUGAAAAAAUACUUUCCCGAAACGUCAGAAUUGGACAAAAAGCAGGAAUUGGUAUCAAAAGGAACAUUAUGUCCGGCAUCAUCAAAAUCAAUAAAUCACGCUACUGUCUUACAAGAUAAAAAGGAAACAUUUCGCACCACCUUUUGGAUAGAAUUAAAACCAAAAACGGAGAACAUGGUCAGUAAAAUCACAACUUUAAGAGGAACAGUGAAAGACGGAUCACCGAAGAAAAAAAAUCAAUUUUUUUCAAAUUUAGGAAAAAAUUGUAGUCAGCAUCAAGUUGUAAAACAAACGAUACAAGAACCAGUCUACAAUUUACCGGAAAUAUCAAUUUUGAAAGACAAGACGUCGACCACGAGCUUUGAUCGUGUGUCAAAAAGUGAAACAUUAAAUUUAACGAAUAGCGACAGUGUUGUAGUAGAAACUAUUCACGUAGGAAUGCCAGUGGCAGGUUCGAAACAGAAAAUCCUGAUACCAAUUUCAAUACCAACAUCUUUUCAACAGAGUCCAACAAUAUCAGAUGAAAAAACAGUUGGAUCUCGCCAUCGUGUGUCUUUAAAAAUUCGCUUGGCGAACAAUACCGAAGAACCGAAAGAUCGGAACCGAUAAGAUCGACAGAAUAAUAGAAUAAAAAUAC